AUGGCGAAGAAGGCAUUGGCAAAAGAUCAGAUUGUGAAGCUCAUUGUGGGCGCUGGUCAGGCUAGUCCUAGUCCUCCUGUCGGUCCGGCUUUGGGUAGUAAAGGUGUGAAGAGUAUGGAUUUCUGCAAGGAAUUCAAUGCUAGGACAGCCCACAUCACCACCGGCGUACCGAUUCCCGCCCGCGUUACCGUCCGCCCUGAUCGCUCCUUCACAUUCGACCUCCGCACUCCCACGACGACGUAUUUGCUAUUGGAGGCUGCCAAAGUCGAGCCGCGCAAGGGCCGCGUUCGUGGGGCUCAGAACCCCGGGCAUGAGAGCGUUGGCACCGUUUCACUCAAGCACGUCUACGAAAUCGCGAAAAUCAAGCAGAGCGAGACACGGUUAUCAGGAUUGAGCCUGGAAGGGCUUUGCAAGAGCGUUAUUGCUCAGGCCAAGUCUGCUGGGAUCAAGGUUGUUCCUUGA